UCGGGAAAGAAAAAUACUAAGACCACUAAGACCGAUUUUCGACAUUUCGACUUAUCCAACUCGAUAUUUUCAUCACUAGAAGACUACCAAUUCGACGCAAAGGAGAUAAGCGAGUCACAAUAUCCAUGGAUUGCUAGAGUCGUACACUCGAUCACAAACGACUAUCCCCACGUUUGCACGUGCUCGUGUAUUGAUAAAUUUAUUUUCAUUACAUCUGCUAGAUGCUUGACUAUCCUACGAGUAUAUUACACAAGAGUCAUAUACAACGGUCACAAAUUCCCCGCCAAAGCUUUUAUUACUCCAACUAAAAGAACCAAACAGAGUUACGACGACAUAGGCUUCAUAGUUGUUAUGACCGACACGGGGUACAAUGGCAAGUGGGACACUGUACGGGUAUACGAUAAGAAACGCACUGAUGAUUAUUGGAGUUGGUUUGGUGAACUCUUGAAGAAGGAAGGGAACAAACACCAUAAAGCGAUUGGAUUUGCAUUAAAGAAGAGGAAAAACCGUAUAAAAACACCUCAAUCAGAAUUUCUGCUUUCUGAACUAGAAGUUGUUCUUGGAAUGGAGUUGUGUGCUGAAAUCUAUACGGCUAAUUACAAAAUCAAAGGCUUUUUUGUCCCUUGUUACUUUGGGUGUGAUUUAGAAGAAUUUAGAAAAGAGAAGAACUCAACGAAAUGUUCCAGAGCCCAUGGGGUAGAAGGCGGAGCUGUAUAUAAUACAAAGACCAAUCAACUUUUCGGCGUGACGACCUGGGGUUCUUUUUAUUCCAAGCAUGAAAUGCCAUGGGGUUUCUCCAUACCAAAUUCGGAAAAUUUCUUUAUGGACAAGCAAUGUGCCAUUAAGAUACGUGAUGAUAAAACAGUAGACUUAAAGCCUGGUUAUUUGCAAACAUUAUGUCCCAAUUAAUUAUAUUUUUUUUAAAUUAAAAGUAAGCGUAGAAACCUGGUAGAAAGUGACGAUGAGGUCGACGAUGAGCAUGCACGCCUAAAUAAUGCCUAUUCACUCUCGCCUUGAAAAGGUCCAAGUUAUAACUUUCAGGGAACAAAUCCGCAAGCAGGGAAUUCCAACCCCAUAGCCGUUCGCCAUAUAAAUGUGGAAGCAAAACGCUUCGUGCGAAUCCCUGGAAUAUCCAUAAAAUAAGAGUGGAAUCCCAGCCUACGCCUAGUCCCCCGAUGUUGGAAAGGGAACGUGGAAUCAAAUUAUGCAAUUCCAUCACACACUCUCCGUGAUAUAUCCUGUAGAAUACCCAUAAGCAGGCAA